CUCGCUGGGAGCAUGUGGUGAGAGGAUGGGGCGUCCUGCCGCGGGCGGCUCACUAUGGCCAGGGAGGACUCGGUGAGGUGCCUGCGCUGCCUGCUUUAUGCCCUCAACCUGCUCUUCUGGCUGAUGUCCAUCAGUGUGUUGGGUGUUUCUGCUUGGAUGAGGGACUACCUAAACAAUGUCCUUACUUUAACUGCAGAAACAAGGGUGGAGGAGGCUGUCAUUUUGACUUAUUUUCCCGUGGUGCAUCCAGUCAUGAUUGCUGUCUGCUGUUUCCUUAUCAUUGUUGGGAUGUUGGGGUAUUGUGGAACAGUGAAAAGAAACCUCUUGCUUCUUGUAUGGUAUUUUGGAAGUUUGCUUGUGAUAUUCUGUGUUGAAUUGGCCUGUGGAGUUUGGACCUAUGAGCAGGAAAUUACGAUCCCAGUACAAUGGUCAGAUAUGGUCACUUUAAAAGCCAGAAUGACCAACUAUGGCGUACCUAGAUACCAGUGGCUUACCCAUGCUUGGAAUUUUUUUCAGAGGGAGUUUAAGUGCUGUGGAGUGGUAUAUUUUACAGAUUGGCUGGAAAUGACAGAAAUGGACUGGCCUCCUGAUUCCUGUUGUGUUAGAGAGUUCCCAGGAUGCUCCAAGCAGGCACAUCAUGAAGACCUUAGUGAUCUUUAUCAAGAGGGUUGUGGUAAAAAAAUGUACACUUUCUUAAGAGGAACGAAACAAUUGCAAGUGCUGCGAUUUCUAGGAAUUUCUAUUGGAGUUACACAGAUUCUAGCUAUGAUCCUCACUGUUACUUUGCUGUGGGCGCUAUAUUAUGACAGAAGGGAUCCUGGGACAGAUCAAAUGAUGUCCUUGAAGAAUGACACCUCCCAACAUCUGUCAUGUCAUUCAGUGGAGCUGCUGAAACCAAGCCUGACAAGGAUCUUUGAACAUACUUCCAUGACAGACAGCUUUAACACACGUUUUGAAAUGGAGGAAUUAUAGGUGAUAUAAAUGAAUGUGGGAAGUUGCUAAGUUCCAGGGCUUUUGGUUUUUUUUUGUUUCCCCUUCCCCUCUUCUCCCCCCACGCUGUCUCCUUCAUUUCUGAGUACACUGUUCUAUUUCAGAAAAUCUCUAAUGAACAGAAAUGGAGAUACCUCCGUGGAAGGACAGUUAAUGCACAGCAUAGAAGACACUGAUAUCUACUACACAGGUAGAUAGACACUUCUAAUGACACUUUAAAAAAAGAAAGCAUCAUAGAGAGUAGAAAGAUAAUGGUCUUCCAUAAAAGUGCCUGCAUUUGAGAGGCAAACAAAAUUGAUUUUUGAACACAUAUCUACUAAGCCAUUGGAAAAAUGUUCAGGGAUAUAUGUGGAUAUAAGUGUGUGUGUGUGUGUGUGUGUGUGUGUGUGUGUGUGUGUGUGUGUAAUAUAUAUGUAGUAGAACUACAAUUCAAGUAAAUGCUUGGGUUUAAAAAUUGCAGCAUCUGUAAAAAGUAAAAUUAUCUUUUCCUUUUGCCUAUUUUUAAUAGCAUGUUUAUGUUUUUCAUUUAAAGAUUUUUCUAAAAACCUCUAUUUUUAUCCAGAGGAUUGUUUAAUUUUUAAAUUAAAAACAAAUUAAAUGGAGGUUUUAAAAACCAUGAAUAUGAUCAGUAUACUGAUCAUUUAUUAGUCUAAAUGUGACCUAACUUCUAGAAAAAAAAUUGUAAACUGUAUGUUCUUUGAACUGGACUUAUUUAGUAUAAAUAAAACAUACUUUCUUUCCAAACGAGGGAUCAGUGUGAGAGUAGCAAAUCUUUAUAGAUUACUGCUCUUUCUCCUACUUCUUUCUCCACUCCAGAUAAAAAUGAAAGUCUAUAAGGAAAACAAAUACCUACUGGUUUAUUGUUCUGGAUGCAACUGCAAUAAAUUUGAAAUGUCAGAGAACAGAAGAAGAAAUUUAACUCUAGCCUUUUUUUUCAUUGAAAGGCCUCUGGUGACUCAAAUUGCCACAUGGCAAUAGAGUUAAAAUGUAUUUAUUGAGGUGGGAAAAGUGCAUUUUACUGUAUUUUUAUGUAAAUUUUUAUUUCAAAAGAUUAUUUUUUACAGUCAUACAAUUUUUUGAAAAAUGUUUUAUUUCAAUAAUAGUCGUUUGCCACAUGUGGGGUUUUUACACAGUAUUUCCUCCUGGUUUGGAACUGUGUAGAAAAAAAAUCAGUUGUCCAAUGGCAGCCAAUAAAAUCACUACUGUCCAGAAUUUUGUGGUGUGUUUUUAAGGGUGAAAAGAAUGGAUGUAAUUCAACAUUUAAAAGACUCCAUGUGAAACGUCCUUACUUCUGUCAAAUUGUCACUAUUGUAUAUUUUUUAAAUGUAGGAAUUAGCUGUGAAUUUCACUGGUUUUUAACCUUUUAAUUAAAGUUUCAGGUGACUAUGAAGCUAGGGAGCUAGUUCAGAGUUUAACCUUUCUUUAGUGAUCUGUGUGCAUACUUAAUUCCCCUGCAGGCAUCACUCUGUGCUGAAGCUCCUGCUGUUGGCUCUCCCAAACCAAAUUACAUUGUAGCUUUUGGACUCUACUUUCAGAGUGAUCAUGUUUAUAUGGGAAGAUAUUGCUGGGGAAGGGGAAUUUAGUGGUUUGGGAAUGUCACUGUGAUGCAAGCCCACUCCCACUUGUCCCACUGCAUCAGUAAAGGUUUCCUAUGGACAAAUCUGUCAUUACUAAGGGCGGUGGAAGACUGUUGUGCGCUCCUGGAAAGAGGAUGUCAGAUCAGUUGUCCAAGAAAUGAUGCUCUAAGAAUAGUUCUCCCUUUUACUCAGUCUUUUAUUCCCUGCUUCUCUUGCCACCAUACCCUCUGUCAUGUCCUGUUACUUUAUAACAGGGGCCACUCCAAGAUUUUGGAAAGUGGGCAAGGGCCACACUUUUCUGUGGAGGAAGUGCAGGGUCCAGGAUGGAGGCUGGUGCAGAAGGGCUCAUAGAGUAAGAAACUGGGCUGCGGGAGAUGAUGUGAGGUCUAAGACGGAGUUUGCCUGAAAGAGAGGAUUGUGACCUGGGUCAAGGGAAUGGGGUGCAGAGUCUGGGCAGGAGUAUGGGUGCAGGAGAGGAUUCUGCACUAGGGGAGGGUUGUA